GGUAGUUAUCCAUCAGCGAGGUUGUGCUAGGGACCGCUUUCGGCGUUCUUAUGGGACCGUAUGGCUUGGGUGUCUUUGACCCUCGCUCUUGGGGACUAUCCCACAAAGUUACCCUGGAAGUUAUGCGGAUAGUGCUGGCGAUUGGACUGUUUGCGAUUGGGGUCGAGCUGCCUAGGAACUACAUGAAAAAACACGCGAAGGGACUGCUCGUGAUGGUUGUACCUACUAUGGCUUUCGGGUGGGUAACUGUUGCGUGUGUUCUGAGGGUCUUUUUCCAUAAUUUGACUUUUGUGUCAUGCUUAGCUAUUGCAGCAUGCCUUACACCAACAGAUCCUAUCAUAUGUGCAGCAAUUGUCGGGGGCCAGUUCGCCUUGAAACACGUCCCUGUCCAACUUCGACAUAUGUUGUCUGCAGAGGCUGCAGUGAAUGAUGGGCUUGCGUAUCCCUUCUUGUCGAUAUCGAUCUACCUCACUGUUGAAUCUUCGAAGCGAGUUGCUGUUGAGAAGUGGCUAAUCAUCGGAUGGUUAUACGAAGUAAUUUUGGGAGUUGCCUUGGGCGCUAUACUGGGUCUGACGUUCUCCUGGUUAAUGAAGACAUCACUGCGCAAGGGCUAUAUCGACCACGAGUCAUACAUUGCACAGUAUCUAGCCCUGACAUUCUUUACCGUCGGAAUUGCAAGCACCGUUGGAAGUGACGAUUUGCUCGCUGCAUUUGCUGCAGGCACCGCUGUGUCGUGGGAUGGAGAUUUUAAUAUACAGACUGAAGGCGAGGCUUUCGCAUCGGUUAUGGAUCUGAUGCUUAACUGCGGGUGUUUUGUAUAUAUCGGGGCAUGGCUGCGGUUUGAAGUAUUUGACGACCCGUUGCUGGGGAUUACACCUGGAAGACUGGUGGUUCUCUUCAUCGUGAUACUGGUGUUGAGAAGGGUUCCUUCGCUGUUGAUGUUGUACAGAUGGAUACCCGAGAUUAAGUCAUGGAGGGAGGCACUCUUUGUUGGACAUUUUGGACCUAUGGGAGUCGGGGCUAUCUUCGUUUCUACGCUUGCCUUGACGAGGUUGCCGGAACCUCAAUACCCUCCGCAGAACCAGCAGGAACUCUUAGCGGCUACGCUGCAACCGAUCGUUUCCUUCGUGGUGCUGGGAAGUAUAAUCAUACGUGAGUGCGAUAGGCUUUUUUAAUUAGCAAUAGUCGAGUGCGAUAAAUUUUCAGAUGGCCUGUCGAUUCCAUUCUUUUCUUUUGGCAGGAAAUUCUCGCGUACAAUAGACCCCUCGGCACAAGAUUCGCCUCAGUGGCUGUUGCCGGAAGGUAAUAG